AUGUCUGAACGCGUCCCAACUGAGCAAGCCACUCAGGAACAAGGCCCGAUUGCACCACAACCUCACCAUACCGGCAUCAUCAAGUCUGAACCAGCCGCCAUGGCCUCCCGCGACCAUGGAGAAAUGCCCCAGGCCCCCUCGUACCCAUCCCCCAGCUCGGCGCAAGUCAGCCAAGGGCCCGUGUCGUACUAUACCAACCAGCGACAAUUGACUGCGGAGGAAUUGCAUCUUUCGGCGGAAUUGUCUCGCGAAGUGUCGGCCGCGAACAUAAAUGACAACCCCGCCAAUGGCAUUAGUCAGGGCCAGCCCAUGGUCUUAGGGUCUCCGAACCCCAACCCUGCAGCUGUCAACCGCGGAGACUCUACCGAUCAGCAGCCCCCGGCACAGCAGCACCUUGUUCAAUUUACUCCCAACCAGCAAACCGGAGUGGAUCCUAAUCAUGACCUUAGCUACGGGGACCAGAGCGCCAGGCGCAAGCGGACCAAAGUCUCCAGGGCAUGUGAUGAGUGUCGCCGCAAGAAGGUCCGUUGCGAUGCCACCUCGGAAUCCGGAGUAGAUAUGUACAUCAAAGAACUUGCCGAUCGUAUCAACAGUCUGGAAAGUCAGAUACACCCUAGCAUCAGCGGACAGCAUGAUGUGCAAUAUCAAGCAUUAAAUGAAGAAGCAUCUCCUCCUGUGCGUGGCUACCAGGAGUUUUCUCCUACUGUUGACAAUAACCUUCUUCCAAGAAAACGGACGUUUUCUAUGACAGAGGGAGCUGUAUUGGGGUUGCCAAUACACCAGGGAGCUAGACAGCCAUCGGUUGGUGGCUGGCCUGCACAGUCACAAACUAAAGACGCGCAUCCCGAUGCUAUGGCAAACUUAGAGGUAUAUGCUUCCCAAAAUGGAGCCGCCAGGGUUGCACAACCCUUCUGGUCUCAUGGCCCGUUGCCAACUGGUGCCGAGCCAGGGGAGGAGGCAGUGCCUGUAGCGAUAGAUGAGAAAGUUCUUGAUACUUAUUACAAUCAUAUUCACACGAUAUUCCCGAUUUUGCCGGCUUCCAGGGACCAGCUUCGUAGCAAUCUCCGACAGGCGAACCGUGAGAUCCAAGAGGUUUUCCUCCACUCAUUACUUGCGGUUACCGGAGCAGGUUCCUUCCGCGCUGAAAACCAAUUUCAGGAGAUUCCAACUUUCGAGAAGGCCCAAGACCGAUUAUACGACUGGUUCCGGGGAGAUCCUUCCUCGCGACCACUCGCCGCUAAUUUUGUGCUCCUUCACAGUAUUAUACUCAUGAUACUAGAGGCAGACCAGCGUGGUCGGGAAAAUUUCCGUGGGCAAAGUGGUAUUUCGAAAGCCACCCUCGUGGAAGGGGGUGUGUCUCUUGGGUUUUAUAUUGCGAAGCCGCUCGGUCAACUCGAUAUCAGCAAUCCAGAUGACAAGGAUAUUGAUUCGGAUGGAAAUUUGGCUCGACGCAACUGGAUUGUUGUCGGCAUUUUAGCUCGUUGGCAUAUGAUGAGCACUGCUGGCCCCGACUUUUUUGGUAAUCAUGACAUUGCUACGUAUGAGGACACCAACAUAAUCAACCUGGCUACGAUGCAACUUGCUCGGUACUCAACUCUAUUCACCGAACUUUAUGACAUCUUCUCGGAGUCGUUGAACAAUCCCACUUACGGUCUUUCCCGCGCGUUCAAAAGGGUCAUCACCGGCCAACUUACCCGUAUCAGGGACAUUGAACGGCUCGACUUCACCAACACUGACGCCGCUACCGUCAAUACUGUCGAAAGCUUUUCUCCGCUUGUUUACUGGAGUAUCCACCUCCUACUUAAGCGUCAUCUUUAUAUCUACGUCCCCGCCGAACUCAUCUAUCCGUCACAAGUCAUCAUUGAAAUUAUAAAGAAGCAAGCUGAGAACGCCACUCCGAUAUCCUCGCCAUUUCACUUCCAUUUCCUCGCGCUUGCCGUUAUCACUCUUCUGGAACUGACGGAUAUACCCGAGCUUGUGAAUGACACCCAAGAGAUCCUCGAAAAGGCAUUAGCCGCUAUUUCUCUUCGUGAGAAACAUGCCGCAACUGCAGGCGAAUUCGAGAAUAUUUUUGCGACUCAGAGCUGGGAAAAUACGAUUCGGCUUUUCAUCGAAGCUAGGAUGAACCAACUGCGACAGGAACGGGUUGGAAAUCAGAUUUCUGGAAACCAUCAGCCUCUCGGCCCCACUGAACAGCGGUCUCUACAACAUCUUGCUGAUUUGGCCGUUGGGGCUGGCGGCAAAGCUGGAAAUGCUUCUUCGCCGCGUUCCGCGCCGCCUGGAAACCUGGCUGCUGAAAACAAAGAGCCCACACUACCUGUAGCACCGGGUCUCGAGGAGCAAAAGGAAGAUUACCCUAUUUUUAUUGAUUUCACGGAGUUGACCAAGAAAGGUUAUUUGAAUGUCCUAGCAGGAAUGUCCACAUAG